AAAAUGCCUGAGCCUUCAAAAUCGGCGCCCAAGAAGGGUUCGAAGAAAGCGUUGACCAAGACCGCAGGCAAGGGAGGUAAGAAGAGAAAAAGAACCAGGAAGGAGAGCUACGCCAUAUAUGUUUACAAGGUGCUGAAGCAGGUCCAUCCGGACACCGGCGUCUCUUCCAAGGCGAUGAGCAUCAUGAACUCGUUCGUGAAUGACAUCUUUGAACGCAUUGCCAGUGAGGCGUCUCGUCUGGCGCAUUACAACAAGCGCUCCACCAUCACUUCCAGGGAGAUUCAGACCGCUGUGCGCCUCCUGCUGCCCGGUGAGCUGGCCAAACACGCCGUGUCCGAGGGAACCAAAGCCGUGACCAAGUACACCAGCUCCAAGUGAACACGUUCUGCUACUUAAUCAAACCAACGGCUCUUUUAAGAGCCACAUACUUUAAUGAAAGAACAAAAUCUGUGAUCACUGACAAAAAUUGUUCAUUGAUGCUUUUCACACUCCACGAAAAUAUUACAU